GGAUGCACGGCACAUCCCGGGGUGCACGGAGAGCGGACUACAGAGGUGCUGCUGCCGCUGCUGUUGCUGCUGCUGCUGCUGCGCUGUGUUUCGGUCCUGUCCGCUGUCAGCCUGCAGCCAUAUGACUGAGCUGUUACUCAAACCUUAAACAACAUCAAAGGAAAACAACAACAACCACAAACAAACGCGGCAGGUGGCGUUGUACUUUACAAACAAUGGCUCUCUCCUGGAGUCUGUUCCUGGUGUUCCUGUUUGCCAUCCUGGCACCAUCACACAGCGCUGAGCCCGGAGCUCCUCACAGCAAGAGGAGACAGGCGCAGACCUCAGCAGGUGGCAGCAAUGCCCUACAGCACCCUCUGCAAGGUCUACAGGCCCACGGUUACAGCAGGGGCCGUGGAGGGCACGGGAGCCAGGGGACACGCGGUGCCCAGGGCGGAGCCGGGCUGCUCUCUCACAGGCCCCUGCAUCCCCUGGCCAGGCCUGAGGAUGAUGGGACAGGCCUGGAGGGUCUGAGCCCAGUGAGACUGGAGAUGGGCCCAGGCAGGGACAGAGACAGAGUUCGCAUGGGCAUGAAGACUCCAUCGCAGGCCCGGGAUAACCAACUUCUGGGGACACGCAAGGGGAGGGGGCAUGGACAUGGGUCUGGACAUGGACACCACUUUGAGCACAGGAGACAAGGGAGUCGACGUGACAAGGGGCGACAUGGAAAAGGGUUUCUUCCGGAGCCUGAGCUGAGCUCCGCGUUGAAGGACAGAGAUCUGUUCGACGAGCCUCUCUCCACCUCCUCUGCCGCCUCCUCCGCCGCCUCCCCCUCCCUCAUUGUGACCCCGCCCAGUGACUCCCCCUCCCCCAUCGCCGCCGUCUUUGGCUCCGGCUCCUCUAUGGUUACCACGGUGAUGAACGAGCAUCCCCCAACGCUGCCCCCGGCCUCCACCAAACCCCAGAGGUCUGGACGAGGAAAAGGGCAAGGAGAGGUGAUGCCAACGUUGGACAUGGCGCUCUUUGAUUGGACAGACUAUGAGGACAUGAAACCUGUGGAUACCUGGCCGUCUUCCAGGAAGAAAGACAAGAGGCGGAGUAAGAAUCUCAGCAGUGGAAAUGUGACUGCAGACGCUGAUGCGAUCGAGCCAUGUGACCACCACCUGGACUGCCUCCCAGGCUCUUGUUGUGACCUGAGACAACAUGAGUGUAAACCUCACAACAGAGGCCUCAACAACAAGUGCUAUGAUGACUGCAUGUGUGAGGAAGGGUUUCGUUGUUAUGCUAAAUUCCACCGUAAGCGGCGUGUGACCAGGAGGAGGGGUCGCUGUGUGGUGCCAGAGUCGGUCAGCAGUGACCAAGGAGGCUUCAUCACCAUCUGAGGAAGAGGUGGGAGACAAGAAUGAGAAGCUUCAAGGAGGAGGAACGGGAAAAAUGGCCCUAUUACCACAGAAGACAGAGCAGCCAACACACAUCACACAACACUGCUAACGGACCAAGUGCUUAAAGGUGACGGCUUGCUGGUUUUUCAAAUCGAUCCCAUAAUGUAAAGCCUCCAAAUGCCAUAAAAUAGAAAUGCUGUCAACAGGUAAGAUUGUGGGAUGAGUCACACAUCCUAAUCCAACAAGUCGCCAUCUUUAAGCGUUUUAUUUUUUUCAUUUAGAAUCCAUAAAUCAGUUUUAAUUUGUUUUUUUUCACUGAAAAAAAACAUUGUGUACACGUGUUGAAGUAAAACAGAAAGAGGGGCUUUCCAAAACUCACUCAGUCCAUAUUAACCUUCUUUUUUUUUGCAAUUUUGUUUGUUUUUUAAUUUUAAAUUGGUAGAAAAGAUUCACUUGGCUGGUGACACAUCACUGAGUAAAAUUUGUAAACAACACCUUGUUAAUACAUGUAUUAAUACUCACUGCAACUAUGGUUAGUAUGGAUUUUGUUUCAUUUUGAGCACUCCGUGUGUGUGAGGUUUGGAAAACUUUUCUUCAAAUGUCUCUCACAGUCUCUCCUGCAUCUAAGUGUCUCUGUCUUGCUGACCUGAAUCAAACAAUGUUUGCAAAGGUUUUUUAGUAUUGGUUCAAUGUGCUCGGAGUCCCAGACAGGUGACGUUUACUGCUUCAGGAUUAUUCAGAUUGAGUGAAGUAAGUCGUCACUCACAGAAAUGACAUAAAAAUACUUUCUGUGACUGUAUGAACCUUUCUGCUGUGUUUUGUUUCCUAGCACCCUGUUCAUCGGGCUCUCUAAACAAAUGCUAAAAACCGUCUGUGAAUGCAGUUUGAACCAGUCUGCUCUCCUCAUUUGUAAAUAUGAAUGUGUUUAAAUUGCCAACAGCUUUUUUAAAAAAUUGAUACCACUACUCUUCAAAAUGUACUUAACAGUAGUAUGAUAAACAAAGAUGCUUGUUUGACCGUCCUUUUACAUGUCUUAAUAUAUGUUUUAUUUAUACUGUACUUAAACACAUGUUUGUCUAUAUAUUGUGUUUUUCUGCCUUUUUUCGUUUUCAUGAUUAAACACUUACUAGGAUAAACAUUUUGCUGUGUA